UUACGACAUCUGGAUGUAGUACGCCUCCUCGUCGCGGUAGAUGCCGGCUGUGCAGCAGAGGUGCCGUGACAGCGGCAGGUGGACCAUCGCUAUGUACUUGCGCACGAACUCGGCCUCGCCGCACUGCGGCGCCGUCUCAUACCUGAUAGGUGGGUCACACACACACACACACGUGUGUGUCAUAGCUAUGAGUGUCGUUGUACUGCGUGUGUGUGAUAGUGUGUGUCGUGAAGUGUGCUGACUGACGAAUGUUCUCAAUGGGCGCGGCCGUCGAUUCUCCUUGGGUCCGCGCCUGUUUCUGAGGGAGACACAUAUUGAGGACAGGCAUGAGCGCGUGUGUGUUCUUCUUUUCUUGUGGUGCGCCUUCUUCUCCCUGUGUCGAUGCUCCUUGGGUCCGCGCCUGUGUCUGAGGGAGACACAUGUCUCGGCCUUGAUAAUGUACCCAUUGCUGCAUACCACACCCACCGCAACACACACCCGAUGUGUUCGUUCCUGCGCACUCACUGACUGAAUGCCCCAUACUUACCCGCCGCUGUCGGCGUCGCUAACGUAUCGGAAGCCCAUGUCGUCGAGCAUCGCCCAGAAGUCGGUGUAUGACUGCGCAACGAACACAGCACAACAGCCAGCCAUGACGAAUGUUGAAAUGCAAACCACUCUAUGAGAACGUAAUAGUGCUCCUGGUCGCGGUAGACGUCCCCCGUCGAUCACAGGUGGGGCGAGGCCGGCAGCUUCAGCAGCGCUGACUUGUACUUGCGCACGAAGUCGGCCUCGCUGCAUUGGGCC